AGAGAAAAAGAAGCGACGUUCAAUUUCAGAUUUUCAUCCCGUCUAUUGCCAGCUUCGUUCUCCGAGGAGAGAGAAAACCAAAAAAAACUUGGUACUCGUAACAGAGAUAUAUCCAUGGCGUCUUCUCCGUCAUCUUCUUCCUCUACACUUCCCCGAUAAACUACUUCACUACUCCAUCGAUCUCUGUAUCAUCUCUUUGCUUCCGCAAUUAUUCCUUCUUGCUAUUCAAUCAGAUUUCAGUAUCAGAGAAGAGUACAUUGGGUGAUUUUUGUAGAUUUAGGGUCGAAUUAGGGGUUGGUUGUUUUUGUUGUUGUUGUUGUUGAAUGUGAUAUUUGCGAGGAAGUAUGAUUGAAGGAAGUUGGGUUUUAAUCGUAUUACAAGAGGUGUAAGGAGUUUUGUUGGAAAUGGCGGAUGUGGCAGCUUUUAUAGAAGCUGCGGGGUCGAGAUUUGGUGAUUUAGAGCUGAUUGGAAGAGGUUCGUUUGGCGACGUCUACAAAGGGUUUGACAAGGAGCUGAACAAAUUAGUUGCGAUUAAGGUUAUUGACCUUGAGGAAUCUGAGGAUGAUAUUGAAGAUAUUCAGAAGGAAAUUUCAGUUCUGUCACAAUGCCGCUCGCAGUAUAUCACUGAGUACUAUGGUUCUUAUCUCCAUCAAACAAAAUUAUGGAUAAUAAUGGAAUAUAUGGCUGGUGGCUCUGUUGCUGAUUUACUGCAGUCAGGUCCCCCUCUUGAUGAAAUAUCGAUAGCCUGCAUCUUACGUGAUUUAUUGCAUGCUAUUGAUUAUCUCCAUGCUGAAGGGAAAAUCCACAGAGAUAUUAAAGCGGCAAAUAUUUUGCUGACUGAGAAUGGUGAUGUUAAGGUUGCCGAUUUUGGUGUGUCUGCUCAAUUGACAAAGACGAUAUCACGAAGAAAGACAUUUGUUGGAACACCAUUUUGGAUGGCCCCAGAGGUUAUUCAGAACUCAGAAGGUUACAAUGAGAAGGCUGAUAUAUGGUCCAUGGGCAUAACUGCAAUUGAAAUGGCCAAAGGAGAGCCUCCCCUUGCCGAUCUCCACCCCAUGAGAGUUCUUUUUAUAAUACCCCGGGAAAAUCCACCUCAGCUGGAUGAACAUUUCUCACGUCCCAUGAAAGAAUUUGUUUCUUUGUGUUUGCGGAAAGUUCCUACCGAGAGGCCUAAUGCCAAAGAACUAUUGAAACACAGGUUUAUCAGAAAUGCUAGGAGAAGUCCCAGGCUUCUUGAAAGAAUAAGAGAACGUCCGAAGUAUCAUGUAAAGGAAGAUGUUGAAAAUGUUAGAAAUGGUCUCAGAGCUUUUGCUGAAGGAUCCGGCACUGUUAAGGUGACCAAAGAGCCAAGAAAAGAAGAAACUGUUCGAGCCAGUAAUCAGGGAAAAACAUUAAGGAAUGCUGGAUGGGACUUCAGUAUUGGAGGAUCACAGAGUACUGGAACGGUUCGAAGUGCGGUGAGACUACCUCCAGUGAGGGCAAAACGUGAAGAAAAUAUAAAUAACGAGGCUAGUCCUAGAAGACCUUCUGAUGGUGACAACCAAUGGGUAUCUGCAUCAGGAAAUGGACUGUAUGAAUCAUCAGAAGUUUCCCUUGGGAGAUACUCCAGAGAUGAGGAAAAACAAAAUAAUUUUCAUGAAUAUGAAGAUGGAUCUUCUACUGGAUCAGGAACUGUUGUUGUAAGAUCUCCCAGAGGAAAUCAGUCACCAUUUCGCAGUGAUCAAAGCACUCUUUCUGGCAGCACAUAUGCCUCUUUUGAGGAUGCCUCUACUAGUGGGACUAUUGUUGUUCGUGGCCAACGUGAUGACCCAGAAUCUCCUCGAACUCCCAAGUCAAAACUUGGGAUGCCAGAAAGAAGUUCUACCUCCUCUUUUGAAGACAGUGCUACUAACUUGUCUGAGGCAAGGGCAGCAAUGCAAAAAGGUUUGAGGAAAGGUUUUACUCGGGAAAGGCCUGCUGUGAACAAAGCCAGUAAAGAUAUGCAGGAAAACAGAAGAACCGACCAAUUGUCAAAUAAUUCUGAAUCUCCUAGUCGUGAAUACCUAGAUGCUCAGAAAUCUUUCUUGAGGUCACGCCCAACAAGUGAUGAUGAGGAAAAUGCAAAGUUUUCGGUUGUGACAUCAUCUGCUUCAUUGUCUGCCCUGCUCAUCCCUUCAGUGAAGGAGGUAGUUGCUGAUGAUUCAGAAGGGUGUGCUCUUGCUGUAAGAAAUGCCCUUAUUGAUAUGGAGCGGACAAAGCCUGGUUCUUCCGAAGUUCUAGUCAACAGGCUACUUCAUCGGCUUGGAAGUUCGAGGGAUCCUUCAUUAAAGGAUCUGCAGGAGUUGGCAGUCCACAUCUUUUCAACAAGUGAGAAAGCUCUAGAUCAUAGUCAGAAUGAUGCUGAUAGCAAGAAGAAAAUACAGAGCAAAGAGUUCCUUUCCAAUCCUAAUAUAAGCCCUCUGGCGAGAUUUCUGCUUUCAAGAUGGCAUGGCCAAGCUUCUCACGACCUGAAUCCGACAUAGGAAGACAUUUUGGCCAUAUUUGCACAUAGGCAUUUUGUUGUGCUUUUCUCUACACAAAUUAUUCUUGAUGAUGUACAUAACAAGCUAAGGUUUUCUUUUUUCUUUUUUCUUUUUAGUUUCCUUUUUAUCAUUAUUUUUUCUACUCAACAAAUAUAUUUUUUUUGUUCAGUUUAAGCUAGCCUUGUAUUGCAUUCUUAAUAUAGAUCUAUUGUUGAUGUAUAUGUUUGCACAACAGAUGGUCGAAGUAUCUUGUAACACUUUAGAGGUUAUCUGUCUAAAACUACGAGUUUGACCUGGA